GCUCCUGCCCGCAGGCCGCGAGCGCGACGACCAGGCGGCGGCGUGGGCGCCAGACCGGGCGAGGGCGAGAUAGACUUACAUGUGUGGAAAACCAGACCAGAAACACUUCUGAGUCGAGAGCUUGGAUUCUGAAGUGUGGAAAGCACUGAAACGAGAAGAUGAGUGAACUUGACCAGCUGCGGCAGGAGGCCGAGCAACUGAAGAACCAAAUUAGAGAUGCUCGUAAAGCAUGUGCAGAUGCGACUCUUUCUCAGAUCACAAACAACAUUGAUCCAGUGGGAAGAAUCCAAAUGCGAACCAGGAGAACACUGAGGGGGCAUCUGGCAAAGAUUUAUGCCAUGCACUGGGGCACAGACUCAAGGCUCCUUGUCAGCGCCUCUCAGGAUGGGAAACUCAUCAUCUGGGACAGCUAUACCACAAACAAGGUUCAUGCCAUCCCUCUGCGCUCCUCUUGGGUCAUGACCUGUGCAUAUGCUCCUUCUGGGAAUUAUGUGGCCUGUGGUGGCCUGGAUAACAUCUGCUCCAUUUACAAUCUGAAAACUCGUGAAGGGAAUGUGCGCGUGAGCCGUGAACUGGCAGGACACACAGGUUAUCUGUCCUGUUGCCGGUUCCUGGAUGACAAUCAGAUAGUUACCAGUUCUGGAGACACCACAUGUGCCCUGUGGGACAUCGAGACCGGCCAGCAGACAACCACGUUUACUGGACACACUGGAGAUGUCAUGAGCCUGUCUCUUGCUCCUGACACCAGACUCUUUGUCUCUGGUGCUUGUGAUGCUUCAGCCAAGCUCUGGGAUGUCCGAGAAGGGAUGUGCCGGCAGACCUUUACAGGACACGAGUCUGACAUCAAUGCCAUAUGUUUCUUUCCCAAUGGCAAUGCCUUUGCCACUGGCUCAGAUGAUGCUACAUGCAGGCUGUUUGACCUCCGUGCAGACCAGGAGCUCAUGACCUACUCCCAUGACAACAUUAUCUGUGGUAUCACAUCUGUUUCCUUCUCCAAGAGUGGCCGCCUCCUCCUCGCUGGGUAUGAUGACUUCAACUGUAAUGUCUGGGAUGCACUCAAAGCUGACAGAGCAGGUGUCUUAGCUGGACACGACAACCGAGUCAGCUGCUUGGGGGUGACUGAUGAUGGCAUGGCUGUGGCAACAGGGUCCUGGGACAGCUUCCUCAAGAUCUGGAAUUAAGGCCAGUAGCAGCAGAUGGAUGGAUGCCAUGUCGACUGGAAGACCAUUCCAACCUUGAAGCGUUACAGCGAUAGCAUAUCCUAUCCAACCAUACUAACGUGGACACCCACACCUCCCCUCAGAACUUCAAAAGGGCAAGAUCUUUUUUCCUUCACUUAUUGCUGAAACCAAGAGCACAACUCCCAUUAAGAGAAGGAUCUCUGUGCUGUAAACUAAAACAAAUUGUGCAUUUUUUCCGGGGCCAUUGUCUUUGUUUUGGUUUGGUUUGGUUUUUUUUGUUGUUGUUGAUGUUGUUUUGGUUUGGUUUUGUUAUGUCUUGGUCAAAUUUUAAAAGGAAAUACUACAAUAAAAAUGUUAACCAGAAGGUAACCCUGAGUGUGAUUGUGAGACAGACACGUCUUCUUACUAGUUCAUUUGCAUUUAAAUCAGUGAUCCUGCUCUGUGGCAUUCAUGAAAAACAAGUUGAAGACUUUGUUUAUGUGGAAUUGUUUCUAAAUAUAAGUCAUUUGUAGCAAGA